AUGACGAAAUAAUCUUCUACAGGAAGAGCCUGUCACCGGCACACGUUUCCUUGAGACCACCGAGGCAGCAGACAUCAUGGGUGAGCAGCUGAGUCCAGAUGAGAAGUUCCAGCUCAUCACCAGAAACCUUCAGGAGGUUCUUGGUGAGGAGAAAUUGAAGGAGAUCUUGAAAGAAAGGGAGCUGAAGGUUUACUGGGGUACAGCAACCACAGGCAAACCCCAUGUGGCUUAUUUUGUUCCCAUGUCAAAGAUCGCGGAUUUCCUGAAGGCGGGCUGUGAGGUGACCAUCCUCUUUGCAGAUCUUCAUGCCUACCUGGACAACAUGAAGGCUCCCUGGGAGCUGCUGGAGCUCAGGGUGAAGUAUUAUGAGCAGGUUAUUAAAGCCAUGUUGGAAAGCAUUGGGGUUCCUCUUGACAAGCUCAAAUUUGUGAAAGGCACAGACUAUCAGCUAAGCAGGGAGUACACUCUGGAUGUCUACCGGCUGUCAUCCAUGGUGACUGAACAUGAUGCCAAGAAAGCAGGUGCUGAGGUGGUCAAACAGGUCGAGCAUCCCCUACUGAGUGGUCUGCUGUAUCCUGGACUACAGGCUCUGGAUGAAGAGUACCUGAAAGUGGACGCUCAAUUUGGGGGUGUGGACCAAAGAAAGAUCUUCACAUUAGCUGAAAAGUAUCUGCCCUCUCUUGGUUAUACAAAACGCAUUCAUAUGAUGAACCCAAUGGUGCCUGGACUAACUGGAGCAAAGAUGAGCUCUUCAGAGGAGGAGUCCAAGAUUGACCUCCUGGAUAAGAGGGAGGAUGUAAAGAAGAAGCUGAAGAAAGCGUUCUGUGAGCCUGGAAACAUUCAGAAUAAUGGAGUAUUGUCCUUUGUCAAACAUGUGCUUUUCACUUUGCACUCUGAAUUCGUGAUUAAGCGAGAUCCAAAGUGGGGAGGUGAUAAAGUCUACACAGACUAUGAGGAGGUAGAGAAGGACUUUGCUGCAGAGAAAGUCCACCCCGGUGACCUGAAGGCCUCAGUGGAGGUGGCCUUGAACAAGCUGCUGGACCCCAUUAGGAAGAAGUUUGAGACCCCGGAGUUAAAGAAACUGACAAAUUCAGCCUAUCCAGAGGCUUCUAAAAACAAAGGAGAAGCCAAGGGGAACCCUAAACAGACAGCAGAGGAUGAUGAGAUCGUCCCAUCCAGACUGGACAUCAGAGUGGGCAAAAUCAUCAGUGUAGAGAAGCAUCCAGCUGCAGACUCACUGUACUUAGAGAAGAUUGAUGUCGGGGAGGAGCAGCCUAGGACUGUUGUGAGUGGACUGGUGGCUUACAUCUCUCAGGAGGAGCUGCAGGACCGGCAUGUUGUGUUGCUGUGCAAUCUGAAGCCCCAGAAGAUGAGAGGGAUUGAAUCCCAAGCCAUGCUGCUCUGUGCUUCAAUUGAGGGAGAGCCCAGGAAAGUGGAGCCUUUGGAUCCACCAGAAGGUUCAGCACCAGGAGACCGCGUUUACGUCGACGGGUUUGAAUCGGGGAAACCAGAUGAUGAAUUGAAACCAAAGAAAAAAGUGUUUGAGAAGUUACAGGUGGAUCUGAAGAUCUCAAACGAGUGUGUUGCACAAUGGAACGAAAAAAGCCUCAUGACUAAGCUAGGACCGAUCACAUGUAAAACACUGAAGGGUGGAAACAUUAGCUAAACUGUCUGUACCAUUUUUCUCCAAAUAUUUAAUUUUCAUGAUACCCAAUUAUCCCCAAGGCAACUGUUCAGUUUCACACUGCAAACUGAUUCUGGUGGAAAAACAAAUAUUGCCAUUGCGAUUUCACACAUUUUAAAUCAUUCCACCCUGUGAAUGCAACAGACGCAUAUGGGAAUCGGCUAUGAUUUACAUUGCCUGUAUUUGCCGUCUAAUAUGUGUUAAGCGUUGACAUUGAAUGAUCUUGUGCUCAGUUGAGUUGAAGAGUUCCUCUAAAAUUCAGGUCUUCCUGUGGUGCCAACAUCUUUCCUGGAUCAAUCUCCAACUAUUGAAACUAUUCAACCAUCUGUGGAAACUGUUCAGAUAAAAUGUACAUACACCACAAAUGUAGAUAAAUCUGUUAAGAGUAACAUUUUAGGAUUAUUUGACUUCACCGAUAAAGCCUGGAGUAUCAUGUAAUGUUAUAUUCAGAACUCAUCUAAAGUGUGGUCAUCUGAUGUUAACCAAACUCAUCUCAAUAAAUCAUAAAGGACCAUUCAUAAUCUUUUUC